AUGGCCUUCUUUUUACGGCGGCCGUUCGCUGUAUCCUCGGCGCUUCGCCAGGUUCCUAAAGUCUCAACCACCGCUCGAUUCAUUCACAACUCUCCCAUAAAGCCCACCCAGUCAGUCAAGCCUCAGGGUGUCUCAUCCUCGAUCUUCGCCAAAUCCCGACAGAACUUCCAAAAUGCUUUCCGCCGUACAUAUAUGCAGCAGACCUACAACGCUCAGGGUGGCAACAUGUCUCAAAAGCUGAUGUAUGGCGCUGCUAUCAUUGGUGGCACGGUCGUGGCGACCAACUUCAUCUUCAACCGCGAGACCAGAGAGGAUGGCGGUAUGCCCGCUUAUGAGCGGAGCUUCCUGAAUGAAACCUUCAUGCACACUGGUCUCGGUAUUGGUAUCAUUGGUGUUGCCGCUCGUGCUCUUCACAUGAGCGGUUGGUCUUAUCGUCUCAUGGCCAUGAACCCAUGGCUCGUCAUGGGCGUGGGUCUCGUUGGCAGCAUUGGCUCCAUGUACGGCACUUUCUAUACUUCCCCGGAUAACUAUGUCGUCAAGUACGGCUGCUGGACUCUGUUCAACCUUACCCAGGCUGCCCUUCUCUCGCCUUUGAUGUUCAUGAACCCUGCCAUCCUCGCCCGCGCUGGUCUUUACACUGUCGGCAUGAUGGGCUCUAUCGCUUUCGUCGGUGCCACUGCUAAGCAGGAGAAAUAUUUGUACUUGGGCGGUCCGCUCCUUGCCGGCGUCACCAUCGUCGCUCUCUCUGGACUUGCCCCCAUGGUUCUCCCUGCUACUGCGGUCCGCACUUUGGUGUGGUCUGAGCGCAUGUGGCUGUAUGGUGGUCUCGCUGUCUUUGGUGGCUUCACGCUCUAUGAUGUGCAGAAGAUCCUGCACCACGCUCGCCUGGCUGAACGUGGCUUGAUCAAGCGGGAUGUGGUCAACGAGUGUGUCAGCCUCGAGUUGGACUUCAUCAACAUCUUCAUUCGCAUGGUCCAGAUCCUCGGCAUGGGCAACAACCGUCGCCACUAA